AAAACGGUAGUUACAGUUACGAAUCUAUAUAGGAGGGCGUUCUCUUUCAAGAUCACAGUCGCUUAUCUACGGCCACCAGCGAGUAUGUUACGUACUUUAAUUUUCGUCGCCCUUCUUCUGUCAUCCGCUGCCGCCGCGUCCACGGGAUUAACGUCAUACGCGAGAGUAGCGAAAAACGGACAGUUGGCGAGGAGCUCGCACGGGGGGGAAUCGUUCUCGUGGAUCGGCAGGCCGCUGACAAGAAACAACACGGAGAACGUGAAGGACGUUAUCGUCACGGUUGCACCCGUGUACGUGUCGCCCAGAACUCCGAAGCUGAGAAAGGGCGAGGCAAUCGAUCACACGACAAUGGGACAAUCUCCGAGAUACUCGACGCUGGAUCACGAGAUGAUAACGAAGCUGGACGCGAGGAAGCAAAUUCAACACCGAUUUCAUCCGCCUGUGAAUUUUCCUGUUCGCAACGGCGAACAAUCAGCAAACGGAAAACCGCCAAGAUUGAACACGGAAUAUAUUUCGAGCGCGAACUCGUCCGUUUUUCCCGGACCGAUCUUUUCCGGCGCGUUCGACAACUCGUACAACGUCGGUCCGCCGUCGGAAUUUCUCGACGACGAACCGCCCGGAUCCAAGCCGAUAUUCAGCAAAUAUCCGCCUGAGAAAGACGAGGAGAUUCCAGAUUCCUACAAACCGCCACCGAACAAAUAUCAGACCAACGGGGAGGAAGAGGAUGCGAUGGAUUAUUCCGGCGGUUUCGCUCCUUCCUCACCCUCGCACGAGAACGAAGAACCGCCCAAAACGCAUGUGAAGUAUGCCAAUCACUACAACGACCAACCGACCUCUACGUUCGAUUCGUACGGGCACAAUCAUCACGAUUUUCAUCACGACCUUGUUUACGACCACGUGCCGGAGUUUCACGACUACCAUCAUCAUCCGAUCACCACGACGGAGGAGCCGGAGAUGAACGAUCAGCGUCUCGACAAGAGACCCUACUCGUAUUACUUCAUCGGGAAAAAACUCUGGUACAUACCGCUGUACUUCAGCAUCUAUUUCGUCAUAUACAUAGCGGCGCUCGUGCUGAAGAGCAUCGCCAGGCACAAAAUUAAUCUGCCGACGCACCUUGCGGACGUCGCCCAUCAUCAGAAACGAAGCGAGGCGCGAUGGACCUGGGUCGAGACUGUGCUCGAGGGGGUCGAACGAUUCGCCAAGACGUACGGUGGUCGUAAAACAAAUGUCGAAUGAACCAGAAGGAAGAGACAUUUGCGUCAGCGCAAUCUGUUUGCACAUUUCGAUCGCGUAUUUGUUGUGUGAAAAAAUAAAUUAUAUACAGAAUAAAUUAUAGAAAAAAUAUUCCACAAGAUGCGUGUAAUCGAAGAAUAACGUAUGCUAUAUUUAAAUGUGUUGUAAUUAGUCGCGCACACAAUAUAUAUUCAGUUUGUCAUCACUUACCACACAAAGACCCGAACAGAAUCCAAAUAUCUCAUCAAAAACAACGUACAUGUAUAUAUUGCUUAAUCAAUAAUAAAUUGUAAAAUUAUAUUGAUUUGCGCAAAUGCGUGUAAAUAUACAUCUUUAGACAAAUAUGUAAAGAAAUGUGAGAAAGAAGAACUUUGUACAUCAACCAUCUACCCUACAAAAUAAACAAACAAUGUGUUUAUGAAUAUAUAUGCGACAUUGUCGAUAUAA